CGGGGCUUUAGCUUUCUCAUACCCCCCUGUCGACCUUUGGAUCUUGGAGCCCGGGGCGGGUAGGCAGCUCCGCCGUCUUCGGUGCUAAUUGGCUGCUCUCUUCUCCUCUGUCUACAGCUUCUUCCUAUUGCGCCGCACAUCGUGGCCCGGACACAGCAGCCAGUGCACACACACACACACACGCACACACACUCGCACACAAACACAGUGAGACGUGUGCAUGCAUACACGUACAUCAUGUGGUGUGAGUGUGCGCGAUGCUGCCCAAAGUCCCCCGGUCAGCGGUGCAGUGACUUAUCGGAAUGUUUGAAGAUUAACAAGGUUAACCGCGUCCUGUAGACCGCAAACAACUAGGAGGUGUGAACCUGCAGGCCAGGAAGCCGACAGAACAGGCGGAUAGCUCGUCAGACGCACCGGGGAGGAAGGAAGUCACCGCUGUAGCUGCUUCAGACUGCUGAGUCCAGAGCCAUGACCGAGAAACGAAUGUCGCGGUGGUAUUUCGGUGGGCUGGCGUCGUGCGGGGCCGCAUGCUGCACGCAUCCUCUGGAUCUUCUCAAGGUUCACCUGCAGACCCAGCAGGAGGUGAAGAAGAGGAUGGUGGGGAUGGCCAUUCAUGUAGUGAAGAACGAUGGUGUGCUGGCUCUGUACAACGGCCUCUCUGCCUCCCUUUGCAGACAGAUGUCCUAUUCUCUCACCAGAUUUGCUAUUUAUGAGACGGUGAGGGACAUGAUGGGAAGCAAAAGCCAGGGCCCCAUGCCUUUUUACCAGAAGGUGCUGCUGGGAGCCUUUGGAGGUUUCACUGGUGGUUUUGUUGGCACGCCGGCCGACAUGGUGAACGUCAGGAUGCAGAAUGACAUGAAACUACCGGCAGAACUGAGGAGAAACUACAAACAUGCUCUCGAUGGGCUCUACAGAGUGUUCAGAGAAGAGGGAGUGAGGAAACUGUUCUCAGGAGCCACCAUGGCGUCCAGCAGAGGAGCGCUGGUCACUGUGGGACAGUUGGCGUGUUACGACCAGGCCAAGCAGCUGGUUCUGGGAACAGGUGUGAUGGGAGACAACAUGCUCACACACUUCCUCUCCAGCUUCAUCGCUGGAGGCUGUGCUACAAUCUUGUGUCAACCUCUGGAUGUCAUGAAGACGAGGCUCAUGAGCUCCAAGGGAGAGUACACGGGGGUGACACACUGCUUAAGAGAAACUGCAAAGCUCGGUCCGCUUGCAUUUUACAAGGGUCUCGUCCCCGCAGGGAUUCGCCUGGUUCCUCACACGGUCCUCACCUUCAUCUUCCUCGAGCAGCUCAAGAAAAACUUCGGCAUCCGCAUCAUCUCCUGAGCUCGCUCUGUGACCGGCGCAGCUUCAACCCCCCCCCCCCCACCGACACUGCCGCUCACAGCUCUCCUUCCCCGUCAGCGAUCGGCUCUUAGCAGUAACUCAAACAAUAAGGAAGAGGAGGAAAAGGAGACAUGUACAGUUUCUGAUUGGCUUGUGCAUGUCUUCCAUCUUUUUUUUGCUCUACCCCUAUCACCCAGCUGGCAGUGAAAUGAUUUAGAUUAUUACGAGCAAGAGCACCAAAUACCAGACGGACGGAGAAGAUACUGAAAAAAGGAGACUAUUUCCUCUAACAGCAUAGAUUAUCACGAGGAGCGGGAGAUACUAAACAUAAAGGUGCUGCGAUGUUUCUUAGAAUAAACCGCAAAAAAUCAGUAGCUGUUCAGUGUAAGACAUCUCAGGUUGAGAUUUAAUGAGAUUGUAAAUGUUUACUGAAGGUGUCUGAAUGUUGACUUUAAGGAAUUCUAAAUCCGAUUCUGUGAUUUUUGUUUUGAUCUCAGCAGUUUAGUACAAAUGUCCGUGGUUUGUUUUCCGGAACGUGUUUCCUGUUCGUCAUCUGCUGCCUUUUGUGUGUGUCAUAAUAUGUCGGGACAAGAGUUGGUGAUUCGGCGGAAGUGAAAAAUGCAAACAAACCCGGUGUAGCCUUGUCGUCUGUGCCAUUCUUAUCAACCUAUCCAAUUUCCCAAAGCCAUUACUUAGACAUGACUGGAGAAACAUUUGCAUUUAUAAUCAUUCCCACCAGUGAUGACCAAAUAACUCACCUUGAGAUUAAACAGAAUCAUUUUUUUUUUCUCAUCAAAAUGAUCAAGAACUGGAAAUCAGUGUUUGUUUUUUCCCCCCAUUCCAAUCUGAUGUCAUGAUUUCUCCUCAUGCUGAAGGAGAAGAGGACCAAUCUUCAUCUUGUGUUUAAGGAGGGAGGGAGGAGUUUGUGUUGAAAAUGUGAAGCAGUAAUAGAAGUGCAGUUACUGUACAAAUCCUGAUGGGAGGUAUAUUUCUUUGUAGUUUUCAGUGUCUAAUUCUGCAUUACUUCUUGUUCUCUUAAAGUUCUAAGUGUUUGAGUAAAGACCGCCUGGAGACAUCUUCUGUACUGUACGAGUGUACAUUUAGCAUGUCGUCUGUAACGUCACCGCUUUAACUGACUUUUUGACUCAGGAUGCUUCUCUGUUUGUAAAAGGCACUUUAUUAAAGUCCCUGGACUCCUGCUGACUAACCUGCUGCAUAGAAACACAUGCUGGAAACUAAAACAUGUGGUAAAAGUAGAAAUGUUCUCACGUGUUUAGAAGUUAAUCUGUUAAUGUUUCUGGCUGAGGGUACUUGUCUGAUGAGAAGUUUUAACAGUUCACUGAUUUAAAAAAAAAAAAAAGAAAAAAGCAUUUUCUCUUCAGUGCCUGCUCUGUUGACAGAGGCUUUAAGUCAUGUUGCCUUACACUAAGCGUCCUGCAGGGGGCAGUAUAGUAGCUUGUCAGUGAUAUGAAUGGCUCUUCUCUUGGGCAUUCUGCGACUUCAUCCUCUUGAAUGGAUGAAGAAAGAAAAGAGAGAGCCACUAACUCAGAUAAUCCACAGAUUAUACCUGUGUCUGCAUGUUCUUCUGUUCGACCUUCCUUCAUAAUGUGAGGUACCUUAGAUCUGCCACAGUAACUGAUGCUAACCCCAACUUUAUUCAAAUGCACAGAAAUGAAACUGGAGAUGUGCAGUUCUGGGUGUUGUGAAUUUGUACUUUGUAGAUCACUAACUAAUGAUUUUGGAAUUAAAAUACUAAUGGAAACCUGA